AGAGAUGAUUUGAGAAACAACAGCAUGAAAAGUGAAAAAGUGGCGCAUGAAAUGUAAGCGUGGUGAAGCUGGUUUGUGAUGGUGCUGAAAAUGAGAAAGUGGUGAUCUAGAAGAACAACACAGAUGAAGGAUGGAAUAUGAGUAUUCUGCUUUCAGGAGGGAAGCUGAUACACACAAUACUUGUUGUGGUGGUUUAGUGUGGUGUAUUAAGGAUAUUUGUGGUAUCAUUUGUGCAAUUCUGACAUGGCUACUGAUACUUUAUGCCGAGUUUGUUGUUGUGAUGGUCAUUAUGGUUCCAAGUCCAUACCCUCUGUACAGCACAGUCAAUAUGAUUAUAUUUCAGACUUUUGCAUUCUUGGCCUUUGCUUCUCAUCUGAGAGCAAUGUUUACAGACCCAGGUGCAGUUCCAAAAGGAAAUGCCACAAAAGAGAUGAUCCAGCAAAUGGGUUUUCGAGAAGGUCAGGUUAUAUUCAAGUGCCCCAAGUGCUGUAGCAUCAAGCCAGAAAGAGCACAUCAUUGCUCUGUUUGCCAAAGAUGUAUUAGGAAGAUGGAUCACCAUUGUCCAUGGGUCAAUAACUGUGUUGGUGAAAACAAUCAAAAGUAUUUUGUGUUGUUUACGUUUUACAUUGCAGCAAUAUCGGUGCAUGCACUGUUCCUGUCAAUCAACCAGUUCAUCAUAUGUGUUCGCCAUGAGUGGAAGGACUGUUCUACUUACUCGCCUCCUGCCACUGUAGUUCUGCUGCUCUUCCUGGUCUUUGAAGCUCUUCUGUUUGCCAUAUUUACCGCUGUGAUGUUGGGAACACAGUUGCAAGCCAUCUGGAAUGAUGAAACGGGAAUUGAGCAACUGAAAAAGGAAGAGGCACGAUGGGUGAAGAAGUCGCGGUGGAAGAGCAUACAGGCAGUCUUUGGACGAUUUUCACUCGCCUGGUUCUCUCCAUUUACAAGGCCACCUUCUAAAUCAAAAGUUGAGAGCUACCUAUAUUCAGUCUGAAGCCCAAAGUCAGUGAGGUUACCUUGUCUUUUAAGCAACUAAUGACUUUUACAUUUUAAUCUGUGUAUACACAUGGCUGAAAGUUUAUAUUAAGAAUUCAUUGCAAAAAUUUUUAUGAGCUUUUCCAGACACCUGUAGUUUACCUGCUGUAAAGGCUCAGUGUUUUUUUCCUCUUGCCUAUUGAGCAAGAUUAUUGUAAGGAGUGACAUAAAACUGUGGUUGUUGUUCUCACUGAAAAAUAAUGUACUUUCAUUUCACAGUGACUUUUUGAUAACAUUACUGUUUUGGUGCUAAGAUCACAUUUGUACCCUUGUUCUCAUUGCCGCUGGUAUUGAAUACCUAAUGUCAGUAUGUAACUUUGGUCAUACUAGCCUACUCAUCUCCCCUCUUCUGCCUAUUGAAUGUGUAUCAUAGCAUCUGUCAUUUUGACUGUGCAGAGUAUAAUAAUUUCUAUAUGUCUUGUGCACUGGGAGCACCUUCGAUUGUAAUUUAAAAAGUGGAAAAUAACUAUCCCAAAUUAAACUAUGAAAUAUAGUUGAUAGAAAAGAGGUCUAACCAUGUUAGAUAGCUAUGUUUAAGCUGACAAAAUAUCAGUUGUGUGCAGAGUUUGCCCUAUAAACUUUUUUGAUCCACAAGUCGAAAGUAACUAAGUAAAUGUUACUUGUAAUCAUUUUUGGAUAACCCAGUGUACAGUGAUCCAUAUCUUGAAAUUGACUUCUGCAGAAUUUGAAUGAUUUCAGCAUGCCAUACUAUCAUGUAUUUACACACAGUGUGUGGGCUAAAUUACAAUCAGACUGCAAACAGUGAAAUAAGAUAGAAUACAAAAAGAGUAAAAAAACAACUUCUGUUUGUCUAGUUCCUACAUUAUUUAUUAUAUUGUGUUCUCUGUCAUGACAUUCCUGUCCCAGUGCGGUACAAAUCAAUGUUAUGGUAAAUACUUCUUUCAUAUCAUGAAUUUGUUGGAUUUGCCAUGUUUGUUCAGAAAUGGUUUGAACUACUGUGACAUGUUCCUGUAGUGGCCAUAUAUUUCUCAAAGCUGGCUUAUUGUAUGUAAGCACUCCUCAGAAAACAAAACGUACUCUUUCAUAAAACCAUCACAGUUUAUUGAAUUCCUUAGCCAUAUAUUUUUUAUCAUUUGUUAUAAUUGUAUACAAAGAAGACAUAGUCUUUAUUGCUGUCAUUGUGAAGGUGGCAGUAAAUAGUUUAGAACACAUCAAUAGUAUUACCUACUGACAGCAUAAUUCUCUAAACAGUGUAUAAUAUAUAUUUCCUAUUUUUGUACAGUUGUAUAUACUAAUUCUGUUAAAUAGCAAUGCUUUUUGUAUCCAACAAAGAAAAUUGGUAAAUGGCAUGACUGUGAUUUCCUCAUCUGUUUUAUUUGUUUUAUAUUAUAUGUUGAAUAAAUAUUGCCAACAAAUGUCA